ACCAUCUAGCAAGUAAUCUGCAUGUUCAUUAACGCAGUUGAAGAGCAAGUACUUAUGUACAUAGUCAAUAGUAGCAGCAAGUGAUCAUAUGCCGUAAGACGGCUCAUAUUUGUAUUUAUCAGGUAGCUAUUAGUUUAAGGUAUUGGAAAUCUAACAAUUAUAAGGAUUGAAUCAUAGCGACUACAUGUAAAAUAUUUACCAGGUCCUCGUUGUUCGGUUUACUUUCGCAAAGCCAAGCCACAAAAUUUGUCCAUUAGUCAAGUAAACGACAUUCCAUAGUCCAGAGUAAAAGAGCGUCCAGUAUAAAAAAUAAGUAUUACAUACAAGCGAGUAUUGCAACGGGGAAGUUGAAUUCUACAUAAAUCAAAAUCUUCGACAGAAAUUAUGGUUGUGGAUAACAGAAAUCAUUUUCGAUCAGUUACAUACAUCGGAAAAUAUUGUUUCCUUUUGUUUCGUGGUUUAUGAUCUAGAUUUUUCUUGAGAAACCACACACUAAUUCUUACACUACCUGAACAAUUUUCAGAUAAUUGUUUAUUUUUCAUCAAUCAUGGGUAUCUCUGUCGUCGUGUUUAAUAUAUAAAAUAAUUGUCCAUAGGAUAGCUUGCUGGAUAAUUUUGUCCAGACUUUGCCUCUGCAUCACUGUUCGACGUAUAAGUUUGUGGUUUUGGUCUGAUUGGCCUGCGCAUAUCUCGAUUCUCUCUAAAAAAUUUCUGGAGACUUUAGACAUACAAAAGUUGAUUUUGGUUCUUGAAAUUUAAGUAUGUGUAUCAAUCAAGUGUAUUCAUCGUUAAGAUAUCAGCAUAUACGUAUAUUAUGUGUAAGUUGGUAACAGCGUUAGGUGCUAACAACUGGCAAGAAUCUUCUAUAGAAUGAUAAACUUGUGAGUGAAAUAGUACGCAGAGUUACAGAGUCAAGAUUGGAGGAGAUAAAACAAUAAACAACACGACAGUGUAGAUGAUCAGUGUGGGGCAGACCACAGUGAUCAAAGUUGCAACCUGAUCAGGUAUUCGUAUAAAGACUGAAAGUGUCCUCCGAAGGCGUCUCAGUGGAAGGUGCGAAUUGUCGCGGAGUUGUUUGUGCUACACAUCACAGUGAAAUAUUCUAGCACGUCUCAUUCCACAACUUUCCAGAGGUGGACUUAAAUUUAAAAUCUGUGAUCAACGUCACGUUCCAAAAUCAUGCGGACAUUGGAAAUUGCAAGAUUCCAAGAAGAACUUCAGCCGGGUUUGCGUGAUGAGAACGAGGAGUUGGACCACUCAAGGACGAGUACUUGUCGCAAACAGGGUCUGAGCUACUUCAACAUUCCUGGAGAAUGUCCGAUGCUGGGGAUGACCGUUGGAGACAUGAUUGACUUUGCUGCGUCCAAGUACGAAGAUGCAGAAGCCUUUGUUGCUCCCUUCCAAAAUGUGCGACGCUCAUUUCGGCAACUGCAACGUGAUGUAGAUAAAUUUUCGGGUGGAUUGGCAGCUCUUGGAUUAAAAUUUGGAGACAGAAUUGCCAUUUGGAGCCCGAACACUUAUGAAUGUUACCUGACUCAAUUAGCUGGAUGGAAAGCUGGUCUGAUUGUGGUUUGCAUUAAUGCAGCUUUGCAAAGUCGUGAACUCCUUUAUGCUCUAAAUAAAGUGGGAGUGAGAUGCAUAGUGAUCUCCAAACAGUUCAAAAAUCAAGAUUACUAUGAAAUUUUGACCAAAUCCAUCCCAGAAAUAAAAAAAUCAUGUUAUCCAGGCCAUUUGAAAAGUCCUCAUGCACCUGAACUGGAGUUUGUCAUUUCGGUCGAGAGAGAUUUACUUGGGGCUAUACAUUUUUCUGACGUUCUGGAAAUUGGGGACAACAAUAUUCUGAUCCCUCAAAAUCAAGAAUCAAAUAAAAUCCAGUUUGAUGAUGUGUGCACGCUAUUUUUUACCUCUGGGACAACCGGAAGUCCAAAAGCCGUAAUGUUAUCUCAUCACAACCUCGUUAAUAAUGGAUACUUUGUCGGACGAAGGCUUGGUUUAAAAAUUAAAGACAGAAUAUGCCUCUCCGUCCCACUUUUUCACGUCUAUGGUUGUCAAGUUGGAAUAUUUGCUUCUAUGAUACAUGGCGUUACGACUGUUAUUCCGUCUUACGGUUACGACGCCAAAGCUAUAGCAUGCAUUUCUGCGAGUGAAAGAUGCACUUAUAUAACUGGAACGCCAACGAUGUUUUCUGAUAUGCUGAAGGCAAUCGAUGGAGUGGAGAUAGACUUUUCAAAUCUCAAGGCCGUAAUUACUGGUGGAGCCAUAUGCAGUCCAGAAUUGGUGAAUGACAUAAGGAAUCGGAUGCCGCUCUCAAAAGUUGUCAGCAAUUAUGGAAUGACAGAAAUUGGAUGCACUUACAUGGGACUCCCGAAUGACUCUGAUUUCUUGGCGUCAUCCACUGCUGGGUUCCCAUGUGAGAAUACUGAGGUGAAAUUGGUUGACAAAAAUGGAAAAAUCGUACCAAUUGGGGAAGAAGGUGAACUCUGUGUUCGAGGCUAUGGCGUGACUUUGGGGUAUUACGGAGAACCAGAAAAGACGUUGGAAGUUUUAGAACAAUCGAGGUGGUUUCACACUGGGGAUCUCUUUGUGAUGUCUGUGAGUGGUCAUGGCCGUGUAGUUGGUCGUAUCAAAGAAAUGGUUAACCGAGGAGGUGAAAAUGUGUACCCCAAAGAAGUUGAAGAUUUCCUAAAAACGCACCCCAAAAUAGUUGAAGCACAUGUUUUUGGAAUGCCAGACCAAAGAAUGGGCGAGGAGCCAUCCGUGUGGAUUCAGUUGCAUGAAAAUGAAAUCAUGACACCCGAAGAGGUGAAAUCCUUCUGCAAAGGCCAGAUCGCCCACUUCAAAAUUCCAAAAUAUAUAUUUUUUCGGGACGACUUUCCCAGAACACCUUUAGGAAAAGUCCAAAAAUUUCGAAUGAGAGAGGAAACAUUGAAGAUUCUCAAAAAAAUGUAAAACAACAAAAUAUUUUGGUUCUCUGUAAUAUUUAAGUAUGUAUGCACAUAUUCAUUACUUAUACGUUAGUAGUAUUUGUACAUUAUUUAAAAUAAAAAUAACUGUAAAUAUUA